AUGUAUAUCAAGCAGAUCAUCAUCCAGGGCUUCAAGAGCUACAAGGACCAGACCGUCAUCGACCCCUUCUCUCCCGGAACCAAUGUCGUCGUCGGCCGCAACGGCUCGGGCAAGAGCAACUUCUUCGCCGCCAUCCGCUUCGUUCUCAGCGAUGACUACACCCACUUGAGUCGCGAGCAGCGCCAGGGCCUCCUGCACGAGGGGUCGGGCUCGGCCGUCAUGUCCGCCUACGUCGAGGUCAUCUUCGACAACAGCGACGACAGAUUCCCCACCGGCAACAAGGAGGUCGUCCUGCGCCGCACCAUCAGCCUGAAGAAGGACGAAUACUCGAUUGACAAGAAGGUCACCCAGCUCAAGGAUGUCAACCAGCUCUUGGAGGCCGCUGGCUUCUCGCGCUCGAACCCCUACUACAUCGUGCCCCAGGGCCGCGUCACAGCCCUGACCAACAUGAAGGAGAGCGACCGGUUGGCUCUGCUGAAGGAGGUUGCCGGUACGCAGCUGUACGAGGCCCGCCGCACCGAGUCGUUGAAGAUCAUGGCCGACACGAACAACAAGAGAGGGAAGAUCGACGAGCUGCUCGACUACAUCAAGGAACGUCUCAGCGAGCUCGAGGAGGAGAAGGAGGAGCUCCGCGGCUACCAGGACAAGGACCGUGAGCGCAGAUGUCUCGAGUAUGCCUACUAUCACAAGGAGCAAGUCGCUGUUCAAGAUGCGCUCGAGGAGCUGGAAGAGCUUCGCCAGGGCGGAAUCGACGACACAGACGAGAACCGCGAGGCCUAUACCGCCGGCGAGAAGAUCAUUGCCAACCUAAAUGCCGAAAUACACAAGCUUCAGCAGCAAAUGGAGCUUCUUCGCCUAGACCGCCGCCAGUUAGACGAGGACAGGAAGGAGAGCACCAAGUCCAGGGCCAAGGCCGAGUUGACUGUGAAGCGCCUCAACGACAGCAUGUCGUCCCAAGAGCAAGCCAGGCAAGAACACGAUGCUCAACUCAACAGGGUCAAGGCCGACAUCUCCACCAAGGAGGCCGAGUUGGCCAAGAUUUCCCCGGAGUUGGAGAAGAGGAAGAAAAAGGAGCACGAGAUCAGGCAAGAACUCGACACGGCUGAAGCGAGCCGUCAGCGCUUGUUCACCAAGCAGAACAGAAGCAGCCAGUUCCGAAACAAGGGCGAGCGCGAUGCAUACCUGAAGAAGGAGGUCAACGAGCUCAACAUGGCCCUGAGCCAACAGAAGGCCAACCGUCUGGAUGCCGAUGAAGAGGUCAAGUCCGUGCAAACCUCUAUCAAACAGCUCGAAAAGGACGUUGCCGAUCUACGGACCAAGAACGAGGGCUUUGGAGACAGCCGCAUCUCCGUCGCUGACGAGCUUACCGAGGCCAAGGACGCCUUCGACAAGCUGAAUGAGGAGCGCAAACUUCUUCGAAGAGAAGACGACAAGUUCGAUACCAUCAUCAUGAACGCUAGAAGGGAACGGGACCAAGCCGAGCGCGAGUUGUCACACACGAUGGAUGGCGAGACUUCUCGUGGUCUUGCCACCAUCAGACGCCUCAAGCGCGAGCGGAAUAUGCCUGGUGCCUACGGGACUCUUGCAGAGCUCAUCAACGUCAACGAGGCCUACCGCGUGCCGGUUGAGCAGGUUGCCGGUGCCAGUCUAUUCCACUACAUCGUGGACAACGAGGAGACUGCGACAUACUUCAUGAAUGCUCUCCAAAGACAACGUGGUGGACGUGUCACCUUCGCUCCGCUGAGCAAGCUUCGUCCGCGCCAGGCCAACCUGCCGCGCGCAGGCGAUGCUGUUCCUUUGAUCAGCAAGAUCGAGUACGAUCCGAUGUACGAGUCUGCGAUGCAGCAAGUCUUCGGACGGACCAUUGUUUGUCCCAACCUGACAGUUGCUGGUCAGUACUCCCGAAGUCACAACUGUGAUGCCAUCACCCCUGAUGGUGAUACUACGAAUAAGCGUGGUGCCAUGACUGGUGGUUACAUUGAUCCUGGAAAGUCACGCUUACAAGCCGUCCGCAAUGUCACCAACUGGCGCGAUCAAUACGAGAAGCUAGAGGCUGAAGCCGCUGCCAUCAGAAGGCAGAUUGAGCAGAAGGACCAGGAGAUUACACGCGCCCUGGGUGAAGUUCGGAAGCUUGAGCAGAAGCUGCGCCAAAUGGAAGAUGGCUACGGCCCCCUCAAGGCCGAGCUGAACGCAAAGACUGCCCAGAUCGGCCGGGAACAAGAUCAUCUCGAGGCGGCGAUCAGGCGCCGCGAUGCUGUUGACAAGAAUAUGAAGGACUUUGCCGACACUGUUGGCGCACACGAGGCAGAGCUGGCCUCGGACUUCAAGAAGGCGCUGUCGGCCGCCGAAGAGCAGCAACUCGAGAGCUUGAGUCAAUCAGUGCAGGAAUUACAGAAGCAGUGGACCGAAGUCAGCAGAGGCAGGCGUGAAAUAGAAGGGCGGAAACAGAUCCUAGAUGUCGAGCUGCGUGACAACCUCCGCCGCAAACUGGACGAGUUGACAAGUCAAGCUUUCGAGACGUCUGUUGGCGGCAACAGUGGAACCCUGAAGGAGGCCAAGCGGGAGCUCAAGCGAGCCCAGUCGUCUGUCACUUCGGUGGAGACCAAGUUGCAAGAAAACGAGCAACAAAUUGACAGCACAGAAUCCUCCAUCUCAACCCUCGAGAAGCAGAAGGCUACCAAGGAUGCCGAGCAACAAGACCUUGCCAGGGACAUUCAGAAGCAACAGAAGAGGAUGGAGAGAAGCAUUCAGAAGAAGGCUCUUCUCACGACAAAGGCAACAGAGUGCGCCAAGAACAUCCGUGACCUUGGUGUGUUACCUGAAGAGGCUUUCGAGAAGUAUGAGAGGCUGGAAGCCAAGAACAUUGCUACAAGGCUCAAGAAAGUCAACGACGCGCUCAAGAAGUACAAGCACGUCAACAAGAAGGCCUUUGAGCAGUACAACAGCUUCACCAACCAGCAGGACCAACUUCUCAAACGACGCAAAGAACUCGACCAAUCACAGGAGUCUAUUCAGGAGCUCAUCAACCACUUGGACCAGCGCAAAGACGAAGCUAUCGAGCGUACCUUCAAGCAGGUAUCCAAGGAGUUUGCAACCAUUUUUGAGCGUCUUGUACCAGCUGGCCACGGCCGACUUGUGAUCCAACGCAAGGCUGAUCGUCGCAUGGACCCUGAAGAGUCAGACGAGGAGCAGCGCGGAUCUGUUGAGAACUACACAGGCGUCGGUAUCAGCGUUUCUUUCAACUCGAAACAAUUCGAUGAACAACAACGUAUCCAGCAACUUUCUGGCGGUCAAAAGAGUCUUUGCGCGCUGUGCCUGAUCUUUGCCCUGCAGCAGACAGAAUCCAGCCCCAUGGUCAUCUUCGACGAGGUUGACGCCAACCUCGACGCCCAGUAUCGAACCGCAGUCGCCGGGCUUCUGGAAUCCAUCUCCAAGGAGGCGGGCACGCAGUUCAUCUGCACCACCUUCCGUCCCGAGAUCGUCCACGUUGCCGACAAGUGCUACGGUGUCACCUUCAGAAACAAGAACAGCAACAUCAGCUGCGUGCCCACGGAGCAGGCGCUGGACUUUGUCGAGGGCCAGGCGCCACGGUAG